AUGCGAGUGUUUCAGCCGUCGAGGCCUUUUCGUCGACGCGACGGCACAGCAGAAAUGGAAGCAGCCGCUCCCGACGCUCUGCGAUCGUCAGACAGCGCGUCGCCUUUGACCGAAACGUCGCCCGCAAUCCCUCCAGAUCAGGCGACGACGCACGAGAAACCGCAACAGCGCAUCGUUCACGUUGACGAUCCUGACCGUACGAUUCGAGAGGCCGAGCUAGACGCAUCGGACGGCGGAGAAGGCCUGCUAGCGAGGUGGAGGAUACAUAGAAGCCGAUUGGCUAAUAACCGCAUCCGGACGAGUAAAUACACGCUGCUUACCUUCCUCCCUCGCAACCUAUUCGAGCAGUUUCAUCGCGUCGCGUACAUAUACUUCCUCGUCCUAAUCUUAAUCAACCAGAUCCCUCAGCUCGCGAUCUUCGGCCGUUACAUCUCCGUCAUUCCGCUGCUCUCCGUGCUGACGGUAACGGCGAUUAAAGACGCCUUCGAGGACUGGCGACGCCACCGCGCCGACGCGCGGGAGAAUGGACGCGAGUGCUUUGUGUACCGCGGGGGCCAGUGGUGCGCUGCCACGUGGCAGAGCAUUCGCGUGGGAGAGCUGGUGCAUGUACGGGGGGACACCACGGUCCCGUGCGACAUCGUGCUUUUGGCGUCUAGCGAUCCGUCGGGUCGCGCGUUUGUGGAAACAAUGAAUCUGGACGGCGAGACGAACCUCAAGACCAGAGGGUGCGAGUUGCGCAACACAGCGUGGGUGGAGGGUGUUGCAGUGUACACGGGCGACGACUGCAAAGUGGUACUUAACUCCGUGGGCGCACAGUCCAAGCGCAGCCGCAUAGAAUCCCACCUAGACCGAGACAUGCUCCUCCUCGCUCUCCUGCUCACCGUGCUCUGCUUGAUCUGCGCUAUCGGCAUGGGCGUGUGGCUUGGGAAUCAUGAAUUACCCGCUCUGCCGUACUACGGCGUGAGUUACGAUUACCUGGGCGUGGGAGGGGAGGCGGCGUUGAAUUUCUUUGCGACGCUGAUUCUGCUGCAGGUGCUGGUGCCGAUCUCGCUGUAUAUUUCCAUGGAGCUGGUGCGGAUUGUGCAGGCUGUGCUCAUGACCUGCGACCGGCAUAUGUGUGACGAGGAGGGGGAGAGAGAGGCGGAGGCGAGUGCUGGGUGGAAAAGGCACUGGGACCUGGGGCAGGUGAAGCACGUGCUGACAGACAAGACCGGCACGCUCACUGAGAACCGCAUGGCCUUCCACUCCUGCUCCGUCGCUGGUGUCGACCUGCACUCCCUCCUCGCACCUACUGGGAAAUUUGUUGACACUUCUUCUCCUGUUGCUGCUGCCUCCUCUGAAUGCGAGUCCUCCACUCAAAGGUCACCUGCUCUUGCUCUUGCUCCUGCUGCUGCUGCUGCUGCUGCUGCUGCUGCUGCUGCUGCUGCUGGCGCCCGGGCUAAGGAGGUUCCAACUGCUGCCGAACCUGGAGACGCCGUCGAGCCUGGAGCUGUGUCCGAGGCUGAUGUGGAGGCUCGGCUGGUUGAGCCGCCUGGUGGCGUUGGUGGUUUGGGGCCGUUGCAGCUGUCGGUGGGGCUGGCUCGGACGUUUGCUGACGUGGCAGGGCGUGAUGCUGGAGGGUUGCUAGAUGAGUUCCUAUUGGUGCUGGCGGCGUGCAACAAUGUGGUGCCGACACGUGUCAGCGUGACAGCGAGCGCACAGAAUCAAAGUCCUGAUGCUGCUUCAUGUGUAGGCGCUGAUGUGGAACUGGGACUGCUUGACGCAGCAGCCGUGCCCACUGCUGACGUGGCAAGUGAUGACGUGGCAGAGGAGCUGGGCGAGGUGAUUGAGUACCAGGGCGAGUCCCCAGACGAGGUGGCGCUUGUGAAGGCUGCAGCCGGCAUGGGUUGGCAGCUAAUGCAGCGAUCAGAGCACCACAUUGUGAUCAACGUCAGAGGAAAAGACGAGAGGUACGAGGUGCUGGGCGUGCAUGAGUUUGACAGCACUCGCAGGCGCAUGUCCGUUGUCCUCCGCUGCCCGGAUGGUUCCGCGAAGCUUCUUGUCAAGGGCGCCGACAGCACCGUUCUCAGCCGCGCGGAGUGUGAAGAAGGCGCCGGGAAGCUUCCUGGAGCAGAGGAAGGAGGAGCAUCGGGGAGAGGAGUGGGGAAGGGUGGGAGGCGAAGGAGUGGGAAGGGGUUUGGGUGUCAGGGGCCUCUGGGUGGGUAUGUCAGUUGCUUUGUGGGGGCAGCGGCAGGGGCAGGGGACAGGGAGGAGCAGAGUGCGGCAACAGGGAUGGUGGUGGGGGAUGAGUUAGAUGAGGAGAGUGAAGGUGAAGACUUUGGGGAAGGCGAUGGGGAAGGAGAAGAGGAAAAGGAAGGUGAAUUACUGCAAAGGGAAGACGAUGCAGUGGCAGAUGAGGGGGAUGUGCGAGAGAAUGGUCAUCCCCAGCACCGCAAACCCCCUCACGACCCCUCGAGUCAGCGCCUCAUUGUCUCCGCCACCGAGCGUCACAUCCACCAGUACUCCCAGGCCGGCCUGCGCACGCUCGUCAUUGCCGCCCGCCCGCUCCCCCCCGCCGCUCUCCACGCGUGGCUCACCGCCCACCGCGCCGCUGCCCGCUCGCUCUCCGCCCACCGCGACGCGCAGCUCGCCGCACUAGCAGACGAAACGGAGCGGCGGCUGCAGAUCUUAGGCGCUACAGGGAUUGAGGAUAGGCUACAGGCGGGCGUUCCGGCUGCGCUACAGAUGCUGAGAGGGGCGGGCAUGAAGGUGUGGAUGCUGACUGGCGAUAAGGUGGAGACGGGGGUUUCGAUCGCGCGGUCGUGUGGGUUGGUGAGGAGAGAGGACCGGGUUGUGAGGAAAGCUGCCGUGGUGGCACUCGUGAGGCAGCUGUCAGGGGAAUUAACCCUUGCAAUUGGCGACGGAGCCAACGAUGUGCCGAUGAUUCAAACAGCAGCCAUAGGGGUGGGCAUUCGAGGCCACGAGGGGAGGCAGGCUGUGAUGGCAAGUGACUUUGCCAUCUCGCAGUUCCGCUUCCUGGCUCGCCUGGUGCUCGUGCACGGGCACUGGAACUACCACCGCAUGGCCUACAUGAUCGUCUACAAUCUAUACAAGAACACAGUCUUCGUUCUCCUGCUCUUCUGGUACCUCACCCAAACAGCAUAUUCCACCACCUCAGCAAUAGGUCAACUGAGCCUCAUGUUCUUCUCGCUCACCUACACCACCCUCCCCACUGUCGUCGUUGCCUCCAUCGACCAAACCCUCCUGCCCGCCCGCCUGCUCGCCUGGCCCCAGCUCUACGGCGCCGGGCAGCGCGAGGAAACUUACAACCUGCCCGUGUUUCUGGCUGCCAUGCUGGAUGCCACGUGGCAGAGCCUGGUGAUCUUUCUCGUGGGACUGGCGAGCGUGGGUGGGCUGGAAGGGGACAUGUGGGCGUUGGGGCAGACGUGGUUGGUGGCGCUGGUGCUGGUGGUGACAGUGCAUCUUGCGAUGGACAUCCGACGGUGGACGUGGCUCCACGCGGCUGCGAUCGCGAUCUCUAUACUCGUUACAGUGGUUUCGGUACUGGUUAUUGACUACAUCCCCCUGCUACCUGAAUACGGGUCCUUCCGCUUCGCCAUUGCCACAUCAACCUUCUGGUUGGAUGUGCUGCUGAUGGUGGUGCUGGCGCUGCUGCCGCGCUUCUGUGUCAAGGUGCAUCAACCUGCAAUGCAUUCCCCCUCCAUUGACCUCAUGCCUGCAGGCACGGCCCCACAACCACACUGCUCACCUCGAGUGGGACGGGCAUUAGCGCGCGAAUCAGCAGCAGCAAAAGGACCGUUCCCGCGAGCGGCAUGGGAGGCAGCUGCCACGUCGGUGCUGCGAGUGACAGUAUGGCUGUUGGUGCGGGUGGCAGUGGUUGUGUUGCGGGUGGCAGUGGUGGUGGUGGCAUUGGCGGUACUGGUCCUGGAAGUGCAGGUGGCACUGGUGCCGGUGGUGCGGGAAGCAGUGAUUCUGUUGGAGCGUCCACCAAUGGUGCCUGAGGUGUGGCCAGCCAAGGUGGUCGUAGUGCGGGCAGGAGUGGUGCUGGUGGUGCGGGCGGCACUGGCAGUGGCGCGGGUGGCGCGGGCAGGAAUGGUGCCGGUGCUUCGGGUGGCUGUGACGAUAUUAGUGUGGGCUGCAGUGGUGCUGUUGCUGUGGGCGGCAGAAGUUCCAGUGGCGCAGGAGGCAGUGGUGGUGGUAGUGCAGGCAGGAAUGGUGCGGGUGGCAGUGGCACCUGUAACGUGGGUGGCGGUGGUGGCAGUAGAAUUGGCAGCAGUGGUGCUGGUAACACGGGUGGCGGUGCGUCGGGUAAUGCGGGUGGCAGUGGUGGCAGUACUGUAG